UGCUGCUUCUUCCUAGGGUUUGGUACUCUCUGAUCCUUUUCUCCUUAAUAAUAUUUAUUAGUUUUUAAUUAACCAAAAACAAAAAGCAAGAAAAAUUUUCCUUCCAAAUCCUCGAUUCCUCUCUUUAAUCAUCCUCAACAGUACCACAGAAGAAAGAUUAAAACCCAAGUCAAAGCUUUUACUUCUGCAGAAACAAUUCUCACGUAGCUCAUGGAGGAAACCGAUGAAAUAAUCGAUGGCACCAACAGUGACGACAACGUCUCGGCUUCCGACGCGUCAAUCGUGGAGCCGGAGCCACCGGAGUCUAAUUUCUCGGCGGAGGAGACGGCUCCAGCUCCGCCACCGCAGCCGGCGGUUUUAAUGAAGGAAGAAUUCUCGGACGCGGAGAGAGAAUUGGACGAGAAGUCUCUCCCCAUGGGCCUCCUUCAGGUGCCGUCACCGGGGAACAAGCAGGUCGUGGCGGCGAAACGGCCGUCGAAGGACCGCCACACGAAGGUGGAGGGUCGCGGCCGGAGGAUCAGAAUGCCGGCGACUUGCGCCGCCAGAAUCUUCCAGCUGACGAGAGAGUUAGGGCUCAAGUCCGACGGCGAGACCAUCCGGUGGCUUCUCGAGCACGCUGAGCCGGCGAUCAUCGAAGCCACCGGCACCGGAACGGUCCCGGCCAUCGCUGUCUCGGUCGGUGGGACCCUCAAGAUUCCGACGACUUCGCCGGCCAGGCCGAACGGCGAGAUCGCCGAAGUCCUGAGAAAACGACGGAGGAGAGCUUCCAACAGCGAGUUCGUCGACGUAAACGACCAGAUUUCAGUGUCGUCUGGGCUGGCCCCCAUAGCGCCAACGACAUAUGGAAAUGGGGCGGCACAAGGGUUGGUCCCACUGUGGCCGAUGGGGCCCAAUGGCGGCGCUGCUGGCCCUUUUCUGAUGUUCCCAAACUCUGGGGCCGUUCCUGGCUUGGCCAACCACGCCCAACUUUGGGCCAUUCCGGCAGCCGCCGCGACGCCAUCGUUUUUCGGCGUCCAAGCGAGGCCCAUUUCGAAUUUCGUCUCGGCUUUGCAGCCGGUUCAACUCCGUGACUCGCAAGUUUCGUCCGGUUCGGUUUCCAAAACUUUUUCGUCUACUGUGGAAACGACAAGUAAUGCAAUGAUUAGUACUAGUGAUGGUGUUGGUGCUAGUUCUUCUUGUUCUACGACAACAAGUGCUACUCAGAUGUUGAGGGACUUUUCUUUGGAAAUAUAUGACAAGAAGGAGCUUCAGUUCUUGGGUGGUCGGUCUUCCAAUUCACAAACUCAAUGUUCAAAGCCUUGACUUUUGACGAGAUUCAGAUCCUCUCUCUUUUUCUCUUUUUUUUUCCCUCUUAGGUUUAGCUUAGUUACAAAGUUAAUUGACUUGUAUUGGAGUAACUAGAGCAGUUCUCUCUCUCUGUUUUUUUUUUUUUUUUUACUUUGUAAUGCACAAAGAACAAGAUUACAAUCGCA